CUCUGUGUCCGGUUGCACUGACUUUUCUGACUGCCGGCCCCUCAGAUCUAGUGGGGAGCAACCCGACUUAAGUUGUCAUGAAAAAGGAAGAAAGGAGGAGGUGAAGAGCUGAGCUGGGGAUGUGCAGGACUGGCCUGCUCCAGGUACAGGGGAUUGCCUGCAGAUUGCUUCUCUGAGUCCCUCCUCCCAGAAUCAGGGGAUUCUAAGCUGAAGAAGAGUCUUCCUCCUUCAAUAGUAACAUGCCAGCAGUCCUCCCGGCCAAUGAUUCUUUUGCAGCAGGCAGGACUUCCUCCUCAUCCUCGUCCUGAGAAGCCUUCAUCUCCUCCUAUGUCAGUGGCCACAAGGCCAAGAGCCAACUCACCACUGUCCCCACAGAAACCGUUUGGACUGGGGCCUUCCUUGCAGCACUCGCAAGAAGAGGAGCUUGCAAAGGAUCCUGUGCUGGAGGAACUAUGUAAGCCCCUGUGUUGUAAACUUUGCAAUGUCACUCUGAAUUCAGCACAGCAAGCCCAGGCGCAUUACCAGGGUAAAAACCAUAGUAAGAAACUUCGGAAUUACUAUGCUGCAAAUAGUUGCCCAGCUCCCACCAGAAUGAGCAAUUCAGUGGAGCCUGCCGUGCCUCAGAUUGUCUCCCAUUCAGCUCAGAUGGGCGCCUCUAAACCAGGAGGUCGAGUGAUCAUGGCCACAGAGAAUGAUUACUGCAAGCUUUGUGAUGCCUCAUUUAGUUCCCCGGCCGUGGCCCAGGCUCACUACCAAGGAAAGAAUCACGCCAAGAGGCUACGCCUGGCAGAAGCACAGAACAACUCAUUCUCGGAUACAUCAGAACUGGGCAAACGGAGGGCACGGAAAGAAGGGAACGACUAUAAGAUGAUGCAGAAUAGAAGAAAUGUGUAUGCGGUUCAGAACAGUACAGGUCCCUACUUCAAUCCACGCUCCCGCCAGCGAAUUCCUCGUGAUCUCGCCAUGUGUGUCACCCCAAGUGGCCAGUACUACUGUUCCAUGUGCAAUGCCGGGGCUAGCGAAGAGAUGGAGUUCCGACAACAUUUAGAAAGCAAACAGCACAAAAGCAAGGUGUCUGAACAGCGGUAUAGGAAUGAGAUGGAGAAUCUUGGCUAUGUACAAUGACACGCUAUCCCUUGGUAGUAGUUUGCAGAUAGAGCAGCUUGUCUUGCCUGCUGUUUGCCACAUGCCCUGCUUUGUGCUCCAUUUGAUAGGAGUAUGCUCUCUAGCUAUACAUGUAACACCUGCAAACUUAAUGGUAUGGUUAGGGUUUUUUUAUAUCGCUGUUGGCAGGAAUAUGCUCUGCAGGAUGUGAAGUGGUUUUAAUGUUUGUUUGCUUGUUAUCUAAAGCUCUUCAUUGCAUUUUGGGGGAGCCCUGUCCUCCCCCAUGCCCUAUUGCAUGAAUGUGCAAGGCCCAAGAAGCACUGGGACCACCAUGGUUCUACCACGCAGGCAGGGUAUGUGGAGACACAACACCCCUUUUGGUGUGUCCUGGAGCUGUGCUCCACAGCAUCACUCCGCAGCAGGGGGACUUUAUGGGCAGGCUAGAGAAGAGGAGGUAACAGAGCCAGCGGACGUGUGAAUGGCAUUGCUGGCCACACAUCCCUGCUAGCAGACGUGUAAGAGGCUAUAGCCUCAAAUACAACUUACAGCAGGUGCCUCCUGCAUUCCUCUCGGUAUGGCACAGAGGCUGUGCACAUACCCUAAGGAGGAUCCUAUCUCCCUCACCCUCAUGUAGGCCACCCCCCAAUGUUUGGACUUCAAGUGGCUGGUGAGGAUUUCAACCUAACAUCUGCAAUAGGAGAGUAGCUGAUCUGCCACAUCAGCAGAUAUUCUCUUCUGUCAAGGAGGAUAGAUUCUGGUCUGCUCUUGGCAAUGGAUUUUUACCACACUGGAGCCACUAGGCAUCUUUAUGCAGCAUGGGUGAAAUUCACCUAUGGGAGCGGGGCCUGUGCAGGGCCCAGAGGGCAACAGAAGCUAAUAUAAUCUAAUGGAGGCUCUGUACUGAGCCUUGGCCCUCUACAGGACAGCAUGUAUGGUGCAAUGAGGAUGGGCUGGGGAGGAAUCGUGGGUCCAAACACCCUAUCAAAUUGGUGCUGAGGGGGGUCAAAUGCUGUUCUCCAGCCUGUAGUAACUGUAGAGGGGGUGGGUCUGUGAUGUAGUAAAAUUCCCUGGAAAUUGGGGAUUAUUGGAUUUCAACUGCCUCAAUCUCCACUCCAUUCAGCUGCUCUAAACCUGACAGGCAUUAUAUGUGCCAAGUGAAUUUCACCCUUGGAGGAGAGCUGCCCGUGUUGGGCAUAUUUCCUUUCUUCCCUUUACUCUAAGUCUCAGACUGGGUUUUCCUUUAUCUUGCUUCUCUCUGAACAUCAGCGUUUUACAGUCUUUUUUUUUUUAGGAAGGGAUAACGAGCGUGAGUGUAAUCUCCAGGUUGGGCUGUCAUGUUCUCCCAUGUAUUUUCUCCAGGCUAGGCUGCUGUGCUGUCCCUCAUGCAAUCUCCGGGCUGGGCUGCUGUGUUCUCCCCUGUGUGAUAUUCGGGCUGAGUUGCCAGGCUGGUCCCCUGGUGAUCUCUGAGCGGGGCUGCUGUGCUCUCCUCUGAUCAUUCACGCAGUUGUGGUGAAUUUAAUGAUCCUGAUCUUUUUUUUUUUUAAGUAGGAUCAGAGCCAGGCAGGUGCUGUGGAUAUCUCCCUUCCAGGCCUGCUUUACUGUUCCGGUUUUAUGCUGGUGUAGCUCCUUUGUUUCUCAGGUGGGAGGGUACUAGAAGUGAAAAGGUGCUUUGUAGCUUGUCCCCUCCUCCUGGAGACAGCGAGUCAACAUCUGCCUCGGUGUAAUCCCAUUGACUUCAGUGGGGCCACAUCGGGGAUGAAUUUGGCCCAGUGCAUAUCAUGUGGCAGACAGCCUUGUUUUUCGCCAUCCUUCACCGGUCCCUGCUCCCUAGUUUCCUGCAUUCCACCAGCCUUUUUCAGCUUUAAACAACAGUUUCUGUUCAUCUUCUCAGUCCACCACAGAAAGGCUUGUAUCACUUGCGUGCUCAAAAGUAAAUGCUGUUCUUCAGACUUUGAGUAAUCUGUAUCAUCGGCCACCUCCAGCGAGCACUGCCCAACUGCCCUGUCUUUUAUAUAGCACUCCUAUACUCAAUGAGGUUAAACUGUGAUGGCGGUCACAGCAGUCAUCACAUGCUCCCUGCUGAUCCAUGUUUAUAUGCAUGGUAACAGACUCCAGUGUCUAUAGCGCCUAAUGCUGGUCCUCUACGCAAAGCCUGAGUAAACAGUCUUUGCACAGAGGAGCUCCAUUGGGUGGGAGAACAGAAUCCCGGGUUGCAGAGCACAAGCACAAGCAUCUUCCCCUGUGCUCUCCCUGGCUGGUCCCCUGGCCAUGCCCACUGGCCUGCCCGAUUCCCAACCUUCCUGUGCUGCCGUAGAGAGUGCAGUCCUCGGGUAUGACCUGCUCCCCAUUCCACACAGUGGAACUGUGGCCUUUCCUCUAUUUUCCUGGCCGUACGCCCCCGUGUAAGGACGGAGGAUGGUGGACGAUAGUUGCCCUGUCGUGUCUCCCCACAACGAUAUUUGCAUCAUGUUUAAAUGUCCAUUUGCCAUAAACCACGGCAUGGUGUUUCCAUUGUUUCAUGCAACACUGAAUAAAAUGAGACCUGGGGAAAGCCCUGUUAUACGUAGUGUCUAGCUCGGUGUCUAGCCAAGGUGGAAUUUCCCCUCACAAAACAGUGUCUAGUUGAAAUGCCCCAGCAAUGGGGCUCUCACAGGUUUCCUUGGGAGGCUGCCCAACAGGCAGGUAGACCUUCCCGCCAUCCAGUCUCAGUCUGAACAUCAGGGAUGAGGGUUGUCACCUCCAGAAUUCCAUCUCUCCUCUGCCCUUGCUGUUCCCUUGUGUGAAGCAGGGAGUGGGACUCCGCAGCACCUGUUGACAAGUCUCCCAGGCAGGAGAAAAGGCAUCCAUGGCUAGAAGGAUGUGGGACAUGCGGGGACUUGCUCUGUCCAGAAGAUCUGAUGUGAGCACAAGGGGACCAAAGACUGCCCCUCCCAUCACAGCACCCACAGUGGUUUCUCCUUGACCUAGAAAAUGGCUAAUCAUGAAGGUGUGGAAAAAAACAAAAAUUAGAUUUCAUUAGUGUUCCUGCGAUAGCAGGGGACAGGACUCAGUGACCGAGGAGGGCCCUUCCAGUCCUAUGCCCCUAUGUUUUAUGGGUUAAAGUCAACCCAAAGGCCCUUCAGCAAGAGGAGAAGGUCAGAACUUGACUAUAUGCAUAUUAAAGUAAUUCUGUACAUGAGGAUUCAGAAUGCUUGGGGAAAACAUAUCCUGCUAUAUCUACAUUCAGAAACGGGGGGUGGGGUGGGGGCACGGCAGGGGGCAGGAGAGGCACCAUACCCAUUAAGAAUACAGGUGUGGCACCUUUUUAGAGACCCCCCCCACCCUUGAAUAGUUUAUUUCUUGACUGGAAAAAUAAAAUGGACUUUUGUGAAGCUAUCACAUUGGCCAGUAGAUUAAUGACCUUUGCUGCUAAAAAAAAAAUCAUUGCAUUCAUAUUUAUUUUAUUAUGCUGACCACUGACAGUCUUGUGAAUAUUUAUGGCUUUAUCCUAUGGGUUGUUUUUGUUUAAAUAGAAAAAUCUUCAGCGCACUUUGAUUUCGAAUCAGACUAGAUAUUUAUUUUUUGUGAAAAUGUGGCUCUUCCCCCUCUCCCCACGUAUAUGUGUUUUUUUUUCUUCACAUAAAAUAUAAAAUGUUCCUUUAUGUUUUCAUGGCAAACAAAUUCAGGGUUUGCCUCCAGAUUUUUUCUUAAGUCACAAUUGCAACCUUUGUCUAAAUGAUGGAUGAUUUAAAUUGAGCACAUCUUAAUGUUAACAUUAAAUACAUAUGCAUUUCAUUCCAGCUGUAGCUUUUAUUUUAAGGCAAUGAGACCAAUACAUGGGAUCCAUAUAAUUUAUAUGGAGUACGAAAGAGGUACUGUUUUGUUUUAUUAAGCAUUAGAUGUCAUUACGCAUUAACAAAUAAACGUGUUAUAUCAUUACCUAACAUGGGGCUCAGUUCUGCUUAUAGUUAUUCUGGUGCAAAUCUGAAGUAACCCUUCUAACUUCAGUGGAGUUACUCUGGAUUUACACCUGUGUUACCAAGAGCAAAAUUUAGUCCAGGAGAUUUUUUUUUCCCUUACUACAUGAACAUUAUAGAGAGAAUCUAUUUGUAAGCAAUGAUUCUUAUUUUGGCUUACUAACAUGCUGUUAAUAACAUGAGCAAAAUCCUGUCAUCACAUUACUCAGGCAAGACUCCCAUUGACAGCAAGGGGGUUGUUGCCUGAGUACAAAGUGAAUGACAUGGCUGCACUGUAUACUUACGUUGGCCAUGCCAAAACAAAGCAGGGUGCUAAAUGUUCUCUCCAUCGUAGAUUUUGUUACAACGAUCUAGGCUGGCUUGGCUUUUUAAAGAAUAUUUCUCUUGCUCUGUAAGGGCAUGAACUUGCUCCCACUGAAAUUGGCGUUGAAGCUCCCAUUGAUUUCAGUGGAACAGGGUCAAGCCCUAAACCACUCCAGGAACUCUGUAGUGCUGAUGCCUUGUCAUGUACAUGUUUUUAUGUCUGUAUCCACAAGGAUGCUCUGGAUGAGGAAGAAACCUUUUGCCCCUUAAGAAGAGAAAAUUUCAAGAUGGAUCCAAAAGGAACAAUUUUUACAACUGGCAAAGUCCAUGUGUUCCCAGGAAUAAAUUAGCAUGUGAGAUUGAACAAUCGUGGACCUGAUCCUGCUUUCAUUUCAGUCAUGGUGAACCUCCCAUUGACUUCACUGGAGCAGGAUCAAUUGCCACCUGCAUCAAAUUGGAAGUAAAAAUAAAAUCUGCUUUUAAAUAAAUUGUUAGACAAUAAUAGCUGGAAUCCUUUUCCCAGUGAUGAGAAAAGGCCAGUGGAGUUAUAUAAAAAAUGAAUAAGGCAUCUGUAGUGAAAGGGAGGAUUAUGGAUGUUUCUGAAACAAAACACAAAAUAGUGAAUGUGGAUACAGAAUUGGUUCAGUCCACUUUGGAAGAAAUUGAUUUAAUUUGUAUCUGCAUCUGUAUAGUAGCAUCAUUUGCAAAUGCUUUGAAUGUACGUCAUCUAGAGCCUUCUUGUCAGGUUCGUUUUGUACACUUGUCCCUCUUUUUAUUGCAUUGAACUCUGUAGGGGAAUAGUUGAGAUGAUGAAAAUGAACCUUUUCUCCACUCUACAAUAAAUCGUCUUGCUCUCACCAUUCCACAA